CACAGUCAUCUGACUGAAGGGCAGUUCCUUGUGCGUUGACCCUUUCUGGACCUACAGAUGAACAAAGAGACAGAAGAUGACUUUUAUCAAUCGGAGGACGACUUGGAUGAGGAUGAGGCGACGCAAUAUAUAAUUGAACAAAGCCUGAUUGAAUAUAGAAAACUCAAAGGAUUGAAUCCAAGUGAUCUGAAACCCAGUAAAGACCCUGAUGAGAUUUUCAAAGCAAUCAAGGAGGGUGAUGAAGAUGCCCUUAACAGACUGGCAGGUCAACCAGAGGCUCUGUCAAGAGUUGAUGAACGAGGAUGGAUCCCGCUGCAUGAGGCUUCGGCGCAAGAGAAUAAAAAGAUACUAGAGAUUAUCUUCUCAGCAUCACCUCCAGGUGCAGCACAGUGUCGUACUCUGAAGGGUGAGACACCACUGUUUCUGGCUGUGGUUCAUGGAGUCAGAGACAACGCUACAUUCCUGUUACAGAACGCCAGUAGCCCAGAUCUCCAGAAUGAUGAGCAAGACUCUCCAUUAGUGGCAGCUAUUCUGAAUGACCAGUACGACUUGGCCACACUGUUGCUUCGCUACAGAGCCAACGUGGACCAAACAGGACCUCUAAGCAGGACAGCUCUACACGAGUCAGCCUUUUUAGGUCUGGAGAACUUUGUCCAUUUGCUCCUAGAAUCUGGUGCCGACCCAAAUGCACGUGACAUCAAAAAGAAAACUCCUCUGGCUCUGGCUGCGCAAAAUGGACAUCUGAAUGUGGUGGAAGCCCUGUUACAAAAAGGAGCCAAUGUGUGUUGCGAAUCAGAGUCAGGCCCUGUCUUGUUUGAUGCAGCGGCAUCAGGAAACCCUGACAUUAUCUCCUUGCUGCUGGACCAUGGAGCAGAUCCCAACCAACCUCUUUCCAGUGGCCAUCUGCCAAUUCACCGUGUGGCCUACCAUGGACACAUACUGGCACUGGAGCGUCUCAUCCCAGUCACUAAGCUGGAGGCUGUAAAGGAAGGCGGGAUGAGUCCUCUCCACUCUGCAGCCGCUGGGGGACAUGCUCAUUGUGUGGAGAUACUGCUCAAAGCUGACUACGAUCCUAACUUCAUGCUUCACACAAGUGUGCGCUGCAAUUAUGAUGAUGAGCGCAGGUCUGCCCUCUAUUUUGCAGUGUCCAACAAUGAUCUUCAGUGCACCCGCCUGCUGUUGGAGGCCGGGGCAAUGGUGAACCAGGAUCCUAUCAAUUGUUUGCAGCUGGCUCUCAGACAGGGCCACUAUGAAAUGAUCAACCAAUUGCUGAAGUUCGGGGCGAAUGUAAAUUACUACUCUCGUGUCAACACCACUCACUUCCCCUCAGCUCUGCAGUACGCCUUGAAAGACGAGGUCAUGCUGAGGAUGAUUCUGAACCAUGGAUAUGAUGUCAAGCGUUGCUUUGAUUGUCCGUAUGGGGACACUUCCCAUGACUAUGCUCCUUGGACAACCUCAAUCAUCAAAGACCUGGUGUUCUGUGAGGUGAUAACAGUGUCCUGGCUUAAGCACUUAUCUGCUCAGGUGGUGCGCAUCAUGCUGGACUACACCAACCACGUCCCCUUCUGCACCCAACUCAAGGACACCUUGAAGGAGCAGAAACAGUGGAUGGAGAUCUGUCAUAUUCAAAGUAAUACACGAAGCCUGAAGCAUCUGUGUCGGUUGCGGAUAAGGGAGCAUCUCAGUCACCUGCGCUUGAGAUCCCCAGUUUUCAUCAACUAUCUUCCUCUUCCUCCCAGGCUGAAAGACUACAUACGCUACAAGGAGUUUGAUGUAUACAGCAGAGGCAGCAUGGUGAACCCAUAGUGAAAACGCAUUAGCUGCCACAGAUACAACUGGAAUAAAGGGACAAAGACAGUGUUCAUUAUUUACGUUUUUCAUGUACUUUAAUGAUUGAAAUAGUAUUUGUA